AGAGAUGUCGUUCGUAUAGCCGUGAGCGUGAAUGUGAUGGAGGUUGGAUGGUCGACACGGUUGGAGGGGGCCGCAAUGCGAAAGUAGAUAGUGAAGAAUGCACGCGGCGUGUGUAGAACACGCGGUCAAAUUUCAGUUACUACGUGUUAAUUUUUCGAAUAAAAAUAUAAAAAAGAGUGUUGAAUUGUGCUUGUCUUGUGCCCAUUACUGUAGGAAGAAAGAGAGAAGCGUGGAUUUAAUUUUUGAGCAGUAGUCUACCUUAUUUAUCAAUAUGUCUAUCGUAUCAUCUCGAGUCAGCAGUGUUUCAUCAAUCCUGAAAGGGUCUGGUGUGAGAUCUGCGUUAGUCAACUCACAAAAGAGAAUAUGCUUCAAAUUACCUAGAAAUUUAAAGACAGUACUUUUAAAUUAUGAAAAUGGAUGCGAUCGUCAAGCUUAUCAAGAUAUGGUUUGCAUCCUUCGAGAUUCAAAUGUUAAGGAUUAUGAAUUAUUAGAGCUUCUUAAUGAUCUUCAAGAAUGCAUGUCAAUGCUUGGACCGCUUCACAAGCUUUUUAUUGAAGUCUUACUCAAUAUAAAUUGGACUGAUAGAUCUUCUGAAAUAAUAGCUUCUUAUAAAAAAUUUGUGGAAGAUUUGACAUGUAUGCACAUUUACCAUUUGAAGCUGGUGAUUGACAAACUUAUUUUCCAAUUUAGAUUAGUUGGUGAAGGUGCUACUCCAUGGACAAAUGGAAAAUGUCCAGAAAAUUAUAAAAACAAAAUCAGUCAUAUACAUGAUACACUGAGAAAAUUUCUAAAAAUUAUACCAAUGUCGAGUGAUGUUCUUGUUCAAAGCCUCACAUCACUUUAUCCACAUGUAUCGGAAGGAAUCGUACCAACACAGCAAUAUCUAUUUUCUCUAAUUCAAAUUCUAGAUUAUGCCCCGCAGUUGAGAAAAGACAUACUGUGUUUGAUUAUAAACAGAUUGGUGGCCUUAGAUGUUAGUGUUCCUCCUUCUGAAAUUCAAAAUUGUGAGGAUGAUGAGGAUAUGGAAGAAGAUGAGAAUGAGGCAAUAUUCAAAUUGGAUGACACAAAUAUUGAAAAUAAUAGUAAGAAAUCUCAUAGUACAGAAAUGAAACAUCCAGGUGCACAAAUGUUAGACGUGUGCAUGGAGCAGGUACUUGCAUAUGUGUACAACUGCUGCCACGUCGAAGGACAAUUACAAAUUGAUUCAUUAAGAAUCAUUUACAAUGACUUACUAUACACAUUCGAAAGAAUAAUUUUAACAACACAUGCAAGCCAUCAUGUUCAGUUUAUCAUGUUCUACCUUUGUAGCUUCAAAUUGACGGUAGCCGAAACAUUUAUUAGGUGGUUGUGGCAGAAAGUGUCGAAUCCAAAUGUAGCUCCUAUAAUCAGACAGUCAGCUGUAUCCUAUAUUGCUAGUUUAUUAGCAAGAGCAACAUAUAUCACAGUUGGCUUGCUUCAAAGUGUCCUGUUGGAAAUGUCAACAUGGAUCCACAGUUACAUCAGUUCACAAGAUAGUUUGGAAUGUGCCAAUAGUGACGUCAGAGUGCACACAGUUUUUUAUUCAGUGUGUCAAGCUAUGUUUUAUUUAUUGGCUUUUAGGCAUAAGGAUAUAAUAGAUGGAAAGAAACAUUUGCUGUUUUUACAAGGACUUAACCUUACCAAAAUCGUCACAUGUAGGCUAAACCCGUUAAAAGUCUGUCAGCCUGCAGUUGUACAAAAUUUUGCCGCAGUCACAAGAAAUUACCAACUAGCUUAUUGCUACACAGUCAUCGAGCGGAAUUCACGCAGCAAUCUACCGGUACUACAGACUACCAAUCGCUUCAUAAAUUGGUUAGACACGUUCUUCCCUUUUGACCCGUAUUUGUUAGUAUUAAGUGGACAACGAAUAACACCACUGUAUAAUAACAGUCAGUGCACAAUGCCCAACACGACAGACUCCUACGUUUCUAGGAGUAGUAAAUCGGAAUGCGACGAAGACGACUUCAUGGACGAAAGUUUUACGUCUCAGAGUCUAGACUCGCAAAAUCACUUUGACAAAUUUUCGUAUAGCACGUCACCGGGUUUCAUAUACACGUGAUUCGUAUGGUAUUUAGGGUUUUCGUAAUAAAUAGUUAAAAUAUUGGUUAAUCGUCUAUUGCCAUGUAUUGUUUUUCUAUUUACAUGAGGCAAUAUUUAAACACUCAUGGGUUUGCUCAAAACCAUUUUCGACUCGUUAGCUAGUACAAGACUUAAAGACUAUAUAAAUUUAUAUAUAUAACAAGAACAAAUAUUCAAACUUAUUUACAGAUUGAUUUACGUUAUUGCUAUAAUCGAUUAGAGAUGUUAAUGCAAUGUUACGCAAUUGACAGCAUUGUUGUUUUCAUAUUAUAUUAUUAAUCAUAAUCAAAACUUUAUUUAUGUACAUAAAUAAGGCGUAUAAAAAAUUGAAUGAACCUAAUCUAAGUUGACAAUUGCCAUAAAGAAAUACUGCCUGGUGAAGUAUGCACAUACUUUCGUUGCAGAUUCGUUUUGAAUAUGCAAAUUCGUUUUUCAAACGUUCGACAACGUUGAGGUAAUGAAUUUUAUUUAUUCGCAAUGAAUCAAAGUACGAAAAGCGGCUCAUCUUGCUGUUUGACAAGAAUCGCGAGAGCUUCUUCUAAGUUCUCUGGCAAGUGGUCCAGCAGCAUGCGAGGCAUCACAGACAGUUCCAUAAAAUCUUCUGGAUGCGCCCAUCGCAUCUCGAAUUUUUUGUCUUUAUUUUUUUUCCUGUAAUAAGCGAAUCGUUAUCGAUUAAGGCAUUCGAUGUACUGUUAAAUUGUAAAUACGAUGUCCACUAUAUUAGAUUGUAUCGAUUAUCGAACCUUUUCUUCUCCUUCGAUGCCGGUUUACAUCGAGCAAUGUGCAGUAUCCGACCCGCUGUAUAAAGUCUGACUUUUGAGUACCUUCUUCUUGUAACGUCUCUUUCUAAAAUUGUUUCCUAAAAUUUUGUUUGAAAAUAAUGUUACUUCUGAUAGACUUAUUUUGUAUUAAGUUCGAGUAUAUUAUCUAUCGAAUGACUAUAAUACGACGAGCGUAAAAUAGUUUGUACCGAUAAGUUCAAACUAAUAAGGUAUAUCGAUAUAAAAUUUAAAUUCGUAAUUUGGCCACAAAUAUAAUGUUUAUUAGUAUUUAUAUUCAUUUCAUCAUUAUUAUUAGUAGUAGGUCAGCGUGAUUUUUAUUCAAUCAAGAAAUAAUUCAUGCGAUUUUGAGAAAAAGUUAGGUAGAAUUCGUCAUCAUCACCAUUCAAAUUAGGCAAUAAAUUGAGGAUACAUCAAUUAUUUGCGUUAAAAACUCUUUAACGUUAUAUUUGUCAACGUUGAUAUAGAUCUUAUAUCGUAUAUAUUUAAUCUAAAUUUUGAAUUGUGUAAGCAAAUAGAAUAAGAUUUCUUACUGUCGGUCGCAUCGAUGGCGUUUCGGACAAGAGAGGUAAUUGUCCUGGUAUGGAGUUUAUUGUAUUACCAUUUCUCCAUGUCCUAUUUAGAUCUCUAUCAGGAACUCCAAACAGUAUGUAACCAAAACCAUUAAGAACUACCCUGUACUGCAAUUGAAAAAUAAAUUUAUCUUACCUAUAUAUAAUAAAAAAAAA